AUGCAAUUCACUCAGGGGGAGCUGUUUUUUGAGUGCACCCUAUUCCUCUACUCGGUUCUAGCUUUGUUUCUACAGUACUUGAACAUUUAUAAAACUCUUUGGUGGCUCCCAAAGUCGUACUGGCAUUACUCCCUUGUGAGUAAACGCGACGAUUAUAUAUAUAUAUAUAUAUAUUAAAAAAAGACUGUUAUUCAGAAGUUCCAUCUAAUAAAUCCUUAUUUUUUAUCAUGCGUCGGUUUGCUACUGGGCUGGAGGGUUACUCUCUGCUUCUGGAAAACGGUAGUUUGUGUGUUAAUUUUAAUAGAAAUUAUUCAGUUACAGAUAACGGAUGUGGUUACUGCUAUUUCCUUGAAACAAUCACAUUUCGUUCAGUCAAGCCUGAUGAUCAUCGAAUACGCUGCUAUAAAAACACCAGUGAUGACACUCAUUGUGACGAGCUUCUUGUUCAGUUUCAACAGAGUUUGCCAGGAUUUUCCCCUUAGAUCAGUUCUGUGGUUCCUCUUCCCGUGAGUUACUCAAUGGAUCACAAAUAUUGUAAACUUUUUUUCAGAGUAGUAAUAUAUGUUUUCAUAUUCUGGUCUGAAAUGAUAAAUUGGCUCAAGAAACUGAAAAACUCUGCGGGUCAAUGGCGUAGGAAUGAAGUAGAGUUUGCGGAAGUGAGGUUGUCUACAACGUUGAAAGCAUAAAAGUUUUAACAGGUUUGCGAUCGUUUGAUGGAUUCACCCCCGGCACAAAUCGAUCUGGAAUCAGUACUACACAUGUGCAGUGACAAUCCGGCACAAAUCAGAGAGGAGAUAAGCGUACUAAUUGACGACUUAAUUCUCAGAGUGAAGAAAAGUGUUUUUGCUGGAGUUUCUACAGCAUUUUUCAGUAUUAUGCUACCUUGCAUUUUUGUACCUGUUAGUUCUGUAAACAAUUGUGCCUUUCAGUGCAUUUUUUUUUCAGUUCAAAACAAGUCAAGGAAUUCCUCAAACGAUUCUGAUAAACGAAUUCUGGGAGUUUCAGUUGGGAGUCGUAGUAGGACUGACCGCGUUUUCCCUCUAUGUGGCUUAUUUAUCUCCUCUUAAUUACUUGGAUCUCCUUCAUCGAGCAGCGAUUCAUGUGGGUACAUGGGAGCAGAUCGAAGGACCACGAAUUGGACAUACAGGAAGCAUGAGGCAAGAAAUCGGAAUCCACAAGGCUGAACUCCUAAGAUUUUGUUCUAGCUCUGCUCCGUCUCCAUGGCACGAGUAUUGCCUUUAUAAUGAUGGCGAAACAGUCCAAAUGCCUGAUGGAAGAUGCUAUCGAGCUAAAUCAUCCCGACUCAUCAGAACAGUGGCAGCUAAUCCUGAAAGUGCACGCCACAAGUCUUUUUUUGUAAGAAUGAUUUAAAUUCUCAGCCUCUAAACCUUUUUUCAGAAAGUACUCGAGAAGCCGAUCAAUUUAAUCAAUAUCAUGUGCGCGUUGGAGUUUUUCUUAAUAUUCGUCCAGUUUUGGAUGCUUGUUUUAACAAACGACUGGCAGCACAUUGUUACUUUUGUUCUCCUCAUGUUCGCCAACUAUCUACUGUUUGCCAAGUUAUUCAAGGAUAAAGUAUGGAUAGAAUGGAUAGUGAUGUGAAAAUGUUGAUAGAAUAUUUGUUAUUUCAGAUCAUACUAAGUCGAAUAUACGAGCCAUCACAAGAAGAUCUCCUUCUGAUGCAUCAACUGCAGCAGGAACGAUAA